UCCCUGUCUGAUUUAAUCGCGGACCGUGUGCGGAUGACGCAGUGAGCUCCGCUGAAGAUGGCUCCUUUUCCGGACGAGGUGGAUGUUUUCACCGGGCCACACUGGCGAAUGAAGCAGCUGGUGGGCCUGUACUGCGAAAAGCUGUCCAAGACGAACUUCUCCAACAAUAGCGACUUUCGCUCGUUCCUGCAGUCUCUGUGCGCCACCUUCAAGGAGUUCAAGAUGCACGAGCAGAUCGAGAACGAGUACAUCAUCGGCCUGUUGCAGCAGCGCUGCUGCACCGUCUACAACGUGCACUCCGACAACAAGCUCUCGGAGAUGCUGUCCCUCUUCGAGAAGGGGCUGCACAACGUCAAGAGUGAAUAUGAGCAGCUUAACUAUGCCCAGCAGCUAAAGGAGAGACUGGAGGCUUUCACCCAGGACUUUCUGCCCCACAUGAAGGAGGAGGAAGAGGUGUUUCAGCCUAUGCUUAUGCAGUACUUCACCUACGAGGAGCUGAAGGACAUCAAGAAGCAGGUGAUCGCGCAGCACUGCACCCAGCAGCAGCAGCAGUGGUCCUGUGCCACCGAGAUGCUGAAGGGCCUCAGCCUGUGGAGCCAGGCCGAGGAGCUGCACAAAGCCUUCAAAUACGCCGACCACGAGAAGACAGAUUAUGAGCUGGAAAAGAACAGAAAUUCUUCAGCCCACAUCUUUCAGCUCCCCACAGAAAUCAUGCUGAGGCUGUUCCGUUAUUUGGGCCCUGAGGAUCUGUGUCGCUGCAGUCAGGUGUGCAGCUCGUGGUCGGAGUUGGCCAAGACGGGCUCCCUGUGGAGGCACCUCUACCCUGUGCGCUGGGCCAGAGGAGACUACUACAGCGGCCCCCCCGGGGAGCUGGACCAGGAGCCGGACGAGGCGUGGGUGAAGAGUCGGCAGAACGAGGGUCGAGCCUUCCAGGAAUGGGACGAGGACGCCGACGUUGACGAGUCCGACGUGUCGGGCCGUACGGACGGCUCCUCGGCCAUCAGCACUGCUCAGAGGGAGAAGAGGCUCCUGAAUGGGAUCAUCCAGAACCUCCUGCCGGCUGUGGGCCCGUCAGUCAAGUCCAUCAUCCUGGCCUACAGCUCAACAGUGUCAAGUAAAAUGGUUCGACAGAUCCUCAGUCUUUGCCCCAACGUCACGCAUCUGGACCUGACUCAAACUGAUGUGACCGAUUUUGCAUUUGACAGCUGGUCGUCUCUUGGCGUCUGCCGCUCGCUGGAGCACCUGGACCUGUCGGGCUGCGAGAAGAUCACGGAUUACACGCUGAAGAAACUGUCGGUGGGGCUCGGCGACCUGGCGUCGCCGUCCUGCGUCGACGCGCCUUCGGACCGGCGGGCCAAGCUGUUGAAGAGCUCCCAAGUUCCCAUCGCGCUCGUGGACGAGAGGAAACUGCACCCGGCGAGGCGACGGCAGCAGGCGCUCAUCUUCAAGCAGGGGGCGGGCCGUUGGGGCGCCGCAUGCACCCCCACCCAGGUCUGGGUCCUGGAUGCUUCGGACCUAGCGGACAUCGAGGACGCCGUGGAGUGGAGCCACCGCGGAGGGGUGCCUCUCCCCGACGCCGAAUGCUUCGAGUCGCAGCUGGUCGGAGGCCUGUGCUGCUGCAGGCGGAGCAGGAGGGGCGGGCACAGGACCGGCCCGGACGCCUCCUACUUCCACCAGCCGUACGCCGUGGCCGGGGAAGGGUUCUGCGGUCACUCCACCUGCUGCACCGCUGACGUGGCCCUCAGGACUUACACCGGGCCGCAGUGCGAGUUCGGCACCAUCAGGAAGAGCGCUGCACGGCUAAGGACUAAAUGCUCCCCGUCUGGGGGGCCGCAGUGCGUGGAGCCUGAAAACAGAACUGACCGGUCAGAGGCCAAACGCCCGCUGAGAUUCCUCAGUCUCUCUGGAUGUUAUCAAGUCACAGAUCUGGGCCUGAGGAUGCUGUCUCAGCGUGGAGGGCUCCCCGCCCUGGAGCACCUGAACCUGUCGGGCUGCCUCUUCAUCACUGAAGUGGGGCUGCAGGAGCUGGUGUCGGCCUGUCCCUCCCUCAACGACGAGCACUUCUAUUACUGCGACAACAUCAACGGUCCUCAUGCAGACACGGCCAGCGGCUGCCAGAACCUCCAGUGUGGCUUCAGGGCCUGCUGCCGCUCCGGGGAGUGACCCUGCCAAGCAACGCUCUCCUCGAAUGUCACUUGUCGUUAUAAUUGCACUUUAUCCUGGGAAUACCAUUUGCUGUAUUUUGUCUUACUUAAAGAGGUUUCUUGAUGAACUGUACUUCUGUCCCUGUUAUUUCCAUCAAUAUUUAACGGAAAUAAUCCUUUAGAAAAGGAAGGAAAAAAAAAAACACAGCGGUGAUGGUUGAUUUGAAGUGUAUGAAAAUGGUAUUUCUGGUUAAAAGGAAAAAAAAUAAAAAAAUUUGUUUGUAUUUUGGUUUUCAAAAAUAAAAUAUUAGAGAAACUGAACAUUGUGUUAUAUGCACCAUGAUCAUGUCACCCAGCCCAACAAUAAAGAUUUACAUGAGUG